GAAACUCGCAGUCUUGUUUAUUCUUUCAAACACAACACAACAAUACAACCAUAAUUUUCAUUCAAGUUAUUAGUUAUCUGUACCGAUAAAUGUACAGCAAUUUAUAUAACUUAAAUAAAUAAACUAAGGCAUUUCACAAUGGACGACAGAACAGUAGACCUAAUUUUUGCCGGGUCUCUAGAAAAUUUGCCACCAGUUAGUUCCAAAAUUGUCAGGAUUUUUACCAGCUCUACAUUUACAGAUACUACGAUGGAAAGAAACACAUUAAUGGCUCAGUGUUAUCCUAAAUUAAAGGACUUUUGUCGGGAAAAACAUGGACUAGAAUUCCAGGUAGUUGAUAUGAGAUGGGGUGUUCGUGAUGAAGCCACAGAUGAUCAUAUGACUACUGAACUUUGUAUGAAAGAAAUUGAAAAUUGUCAACGAUUAUCAAUGGGACCUAAUUUUGUGGUAUUUCUUGGACAAAAAUAUGGUUAUCGUCCAAUUCCUACGUAUAUUAUUUCAUCAGAAUUAGAAUUAUUAAGGGAGGAAUUGGUCAAUGUCGGAUCUGAUGUAACCUUAUUAGAUACAUGGUAUCGAAAAGAUAGCAAUGCUGUACCCCCAAUUUCAGUUCUACAACCGAUUUCUUCAAUUCUUAUCAAUUUUAAUAAUAAACGUAUACCAAAACUUCAACAACAGGACCAAGCUAUUUGGUGGGAUACAUUGGCUAAAAUGCAAAAGUUGUUUAGAAAGUCGUCAAUUAGUUUAUUUAAUAGCGGAAAAAUCGAUAAAGAUACCAUGCAUAAUUAUUACAUGUCGGUGACAGAGAGAGAAGUCAUAAAUGGUAUAUUAAAAGUAAAAAACACAAAAAACCACUGUCUGGCUUACGUUCGUUACAUAAACAACAUCAAUCUUCAAAAUUUAAAAAAAGCUUCCAAUUUUUUGGACAUAGUUAACAGAAGUAUUGAUACAGAGGCAUCUCGUUUGUUAGGAAAUUUGAGAGAUGAACGUCUUGUACAAAAAAUAGAAACAACUAAUUAUCAAAAAUAUACGGUCGAAUGGAUUGGUCGGGAAGGGUUAGAUACCGAAACGCAUCAAGAAUAUUUGCAAAAUUUUAUAAUGCAUUUUUAUAAGAAUAUUACCAAACUAGUGGAUAGAGCAAUGAGAAAAGAAGAUUCUAGUCCUCAAGGACAAAUUGUGACUGAAAUAUUGCAGCAUUUGCAUGCUUGUCAUAAUUCUGUUAAAGUUUUUUAUGGCCGAGAAGACAGUUUGAAACAUAUAGAACAUUACAUGAAAAGCAAUUGUGAAAAACUAAUGAUAUUAUUUGGUGAAGGUGGUUGUGGCAAAACAUCACUUUUAGCAAAAGCUGCGGGUUUGAGUUAUUCGACAUGGUUUAAUAAAACAGCCACUAAACCACUCUGCGUGAUAAGAUUCUUAGGAACAACUCCAGACAGUAGCACAUUAACACCAGCUUUAAUAUCAAUCUGUCAACAAAUAUCUUAUAACUAUAUGUUACCAUUUGAUGAUAUACCUGAUGACUUAGUACCAUUGACAGCACAUUUUAAACAUUUAUUAACAUACGCAAGUCGUGAACAACCUUUGGUAUUAUUCCUAGAUUCAGUAGAUCAGUUAACUGGCACUCAAGAUACGAAUAAUGUAUCAUGGUUACCAACAAGAUUGCCCAAUAACUGUAAAUUAUUAGUAUCUGUAGCAAAAGAAGAAGGAAAUUCAGACGUAUCUAGAGAUUAUCAUGUAUUACGUAGAAUGAUAGACGAUCAAGAACAGUUCAUUGAAGUAACUGCACUUGGAGAAGAACUAGCCGAAGAAGUAAUUCGGAAAUGGAUGGAAACGGCACACAGAGAUUUAACUAAUUGUCAAUGGAGACUUGUAUCAAAUGCUAUCAACCAAUGUUCUUUACCAAUUUUCGUUAAACUGGUAUUUGCAGAAAUUUGUCGUUGGCGAAGUUACACAAAACCCCAAGAAACCCAUCUAGCAUCGAAUGUAAUGGAUUCUAUUAUGAUGCUUUUUGAAAGAAUUGAAAAACAACACGGUCGGCUAUUAGUUUUUCAUGCUUUGGCUUAUAUAACAGCAUCAAAAAGUGGUUUGUCUGAAUCCGAACUAGAAGAUUUAAUAUCAUUAGAUGACAAAGUAUUAGACGAUGUAUAUCAAUAUCAUUUACCACCAGUAAGGAGAAUACCUCCUUUAUUAUGGACUAGGAUUAGAAAUGACUUACCAAAUUAUUUAUCAGAAAGAGAGGCUGAUGGUGUUAGCGUUCUGAAUUGGUAUCAUAGACAAUUUAGAGAUGCUGCUCGAGAAAGAUAUUUUAAAAAUAUGAAUAUGGUGACAUAUUUCCAUUCGUCUAUAGCUGAUUAUUAUUUAGGAAUUUGGGGAGGAGGCAAUCCUAAACCGUUUAAGUAUACGGAAAUUCAAAGGCAUAGAUUUAACUUACAAAAUAAAGAAGGUUCAGCAGAUAGGAAAGUACCAGUACAACCUUUGGUAUUUUAUUCGAAAGAAGGAACAGCUUCAAGAUAUAAUCUAAGAAAAUUUGGAGAAUUACCAUAUCAUCUUGUACGAGCUCAUCGUUUUCAAGAUUUGUAUAAGAAUGUUUUAUUUAAUUACCGAUGGUUACAUGCAAAAUUAUCUUCAUGUCCAUUACAAGCAGUUCUCAGUGACUUCGAGGAUGCUUGUGCUAAUAUUGAUGACCGAGAUGCAACUAGCAAUGAGAUGAAAUCAAAGCAAAGAGAGUUGAUACUUGUUGCUGAUGCUUUAAGAUUGGGUGGUGCAAUACUUGGUGAAUUUCCGGAUAUGCUCGCUCCGCAAUUAAUUGGUCGUUUAUUACCCGAAAUUGGAUCAAAUCCUAAUAUAAAAAGUUUAUUAGCAGAAUGUGAUAAAUUUGGACCAGAGAACUGUGCACUUAUACCCUAUUAUCAUUGUUUACAUACACCCGGAGGCCCAUUAAAAUAUUCCCUAGAGGGUCAUCAAUUUGCUGUAUUUGAUUUUCAAGUAACAUCUGAUUAUAGAUACAUUGUGUCUAUAUCAAAUAGAUUUAUCACGUGGGAUUUAUCUACAAGUGACAUGACUCGAAAUGUGAAUCCAGGACUGGAAGGAAUCAUGCAAGCCUUAUGUUUGAGUCCGGACAACCGUUAUGCCGCAGCUUAUACUAACAACAACCAAACUGUGUUAUUAAACUGUCUUACAAGUGAAUUUAUAGUGAUUGAAAAUCCUUUCGAUAACGGUGAAAUAGUUGCGGGUGUUAAUAUGCUGAAUACCCAUUUAUUUGUGCAUGGAUCUUCUUUACUAUGCAGAUAUGACUUGAGAGGAAAUUUGGAAUCCAAAGUUACAGUGAAUGAAAAUCCUAAUCAAUGGGUUUUAAUGUCUGUGAAAUUCAAUACUUUAACUUGCAAUCGUUUUAUAUAUUGGUCUGGCAGGAUGGAUGACACAAGGAUGAUGAUGCAAACAAAUAAAGGCAAUAUUAGCUGUCCCUCAUUUUUUUUUCAUAGUGUUAUGACUAUAAAUAUAGACGAAACCAGAUUAUUCUGUUGUCCUACAAAUAAUUCUUAUGAUGUAACUCAAUUUGAUUUCAUUGACAAUAAGUGGACAAUGAUUAAAAAUUUAAAACCUAUUGGCGGCUGUACAUUGCUUCAAAUUAAAUUGUCUGAGGACUCAUCAUCACUAUUAGGUACAAUUUCAAACGGAUUUUGUGUUUGGGAUUUAUCUUCAGAUGAUACAAAAAUUUUAUAUUUACCACAUGGAGUUCGUAAUAUUACUAUAAAUAUGAUGCAGUCAAAUUCGUGUAUGUUAUCAGCUGACAAGCGGUUUUUGGUUGCAGGAGUUCGGAAAAUGUUAUAUGUAUGGAAUAUGGAAACUGAGAAAUUGAUUAAAGUUUUAGACGCACAUUUUGGUCGUAUAAUAUCGCUACUUCCAUUGACUACGGGAAAUUGGAAUUCGGUUAUAACUUCUUCCAUUGACAGAUCGGUUAAGGUUUGGAACAUUAAUAAUAUAUUCGAGCAAGUUCAUGUUAUAGAUCGACAUGAAUUACAAAUUGAUUCUAUAAGUUUAUCUCAAAAUUCUGGCUUGGCAGCCACGGUAACACGAGGUUGCGUUGGAAUAUGGGACAUAAACACAGGAAAAUUAAUCCAACAGUUAGCUGACAAUUUAUUAGGAGCUAUUGUCACCCAUGCGUUAAUUACGCCGGAUGGAAAAUAUGUCAUAUGCUCUGAAUCUGGUAAUUUUAUCAUCUGGAAUCGUAUUCUAUGUCGAGUAGUUUUUAAACAACAGCAGUCCGGAAUUCAGCAAAUCAUGCUCUUAGACGAAGCAACUAAAUGUCUUACUGUUUCGAAACAAGAAGAAAUUAAUGUAGAAACUCAGCAAAAUAUUGAUGCUACAGCUAUUGUAAGAUCGAUUCCAGAAGGGAAAACUAUUUACUCUUUCGAUUAUCAAAUACGUAAUGUGACUGGUAUGGAAUUUAAAGACCUCGUUGUAACAGCAGAUGGACUUAAUUUGAUUGCUCUGGCUAGUGAUAAGGGUCACAGAGAAGCACUUCAAAUAUUCAAUGCAACCAACGGUCAAUAUGUUACUAAAAUUGUACUCAAACAAUCUGGAAUGAAGGAUAUUAUGUUCAUAGUAGCAAUGCCGCAUAGAGCUAAUUUAGUUGCAGUAAUAAAUCCUGAUAAAGGCAUGUUGUUUGAUUUACGUACUAAAAAAUAUUUAAAAUCUGUUCCAAAAUGGGGAGGGUUUUGUACAAAAGAUGGAAAAUAUGGAUUGUAUGCACCUACCAGAGGUGGUUUAGAGCUAAUAGAGCUUAAAAAAGGUAGUUCUGUAAAGACUUUUAUACCCAAGGUUGCUGAAGGAGUAUUUACUGUAAUUUGUAUGUUUAAUAAGACUGAUGAAUAUGUAUUAUAUUAUCAUAGUGGAAGAAAAACAUUAAGAGUUUUUCGACUUACUGAUGCAAAGAUGUUAGCUAAUUAUCGUGUGCCAGCAGAACUAAGUGCUAUUGAAACAACUGAAGAUGGACGAGCAGUUGUUAUAGCCACGGUAGAUGGAUGUCUAUCAGUUUUAGCUUUAGCAGAUCCAAUCAAAGAUUCAUUCCUCUCAACAUUACCUUCCAGAGAUGAAACAUGGAAGAAGAAAAUGGAUAAACAACGGACAGCAAAAUUAUUUAAAGCUGCUGCAGCUAUCACUAAAUUUUGUGUAUCUGUGAGCGAGCCAAAUUCAAAAGAAGAAAUUGGGAAUAGUAUAAGUAGUUCACAACAAUUGCAAUUAUCAAAAAUAUUACUAAAAGGAUAAAUAAUUUUAUUUUUU